AAUGCAUGAGGUGGGAAACAGCCAAAAUAUACAUGACUUUGUUUGUUAUUCACUUUGGUUUUAGUUUCUUUCAACUCCAUGGAUGGUAGCCAACGAGAUAAGUUUAGCGCUGGAAUCCCGCACAAGUUCAGCUUGUUAGCUAGCCACUUAGCUUGUUUGGCGGGACAAUCGCUUGCAAACUACCGAGCAACAUUUUGUAAAACAACACUAUAAUGACUCUUUGUUUGACAGAAGUCGCUAUGUUUACAUUAACACGUGAGCCAGCUAUCUAGCAAAUAAACCAGCUAAGUUGGCUGGCUAGUCAAAUGUGUUGCUAGACUAGAUAUUGUGAAUAAAAGGCCACGGAGCGUAGCAACCUUAGCACAUUUUCUAACGUGGUCUACUCUUGGGGUCUCUUCACUUCAAAGAACUAGCUAGCUAUUUGCUUACAUGUAGGAACAAAGAAACUAACCUUCAUCAGUUAAGACCCGAAUUACACUGACCAGGCUUGGCAUCAGCCAUGUCCAAAGGAGAAACGGAGGAACUGAUAGAAAUUGAGAUUGAUGGGCAGGAGAAGCAAGAAUGCAUGGAGGAGGGCGUUGAGGAGCAAACCAUCACAACCGCCGAGUUUGUUACACAAGCCAUCGACAUCAAUGAACCCAUUGGCAAUCUGAAGAAGCUGCUGGAGCCCCGCCUCCAGUGCUCAUUGGAUGGUCAUGAAAUCUGUCUUCAGGACAUCCAGCUGGAUCCCGACCACAGCCUGUUUGACCAGGGAGUUAAGACAGAUGGCACCGUCCAGCUCAGUGUGCAGGUCAUCUCCAGACAAGGCGUGGAGCCCAGGCUGAAUAUUCUGGAGAUCGUGAAGCCGGUGGAGACAGUGGAAGUGGUAAUUGAUCCUGAUGCAGCUGCUGGCGAGGAUGGGCAGCUAGUAGAGGAGGGGCAGGUGAUCGCCUUGGACCGCUCCGUCAUUGCAGACGAAACCUCAGAGCAGGUGACGCGUUGGGCAGCAGCUCUCGAGGGGUACCGUAAGGAGCAGGUCCGAUUGGGUAUCCCCUAUGACCCGGUACAGUGGAGUGCAGACCAAGUGAUCCAUUGGGCGGUGUGGGUGAUGAAAGAGUUCAGCAUGGUGGAUGUAGAUGUGGGAGGCAUCCACAUCUCCGGGCGGGAGCUCUGCGGGUUCACCCAAGAGGAUUUCUUACAGAGGGUCCCCCAUGGAGAGAUACUGUGGAGCCACUUGGAGCUGCUGCGCAAGUAUGUGCUGGCCAGUCAGGACCAGUCUGGCCAGAUUGCCACAGUGACCAUUGACCAACCGGUGCAGAUCAUCCCCGCUUCCGUGCAGCAGGCUCCACCCCCCACCAUCAAGGUCCUGGCCACCAAGCAGAGCAAAGUGCAGAGAUCACCCCGCAUCGCUGGGGGAGAGGACCGCAGUUCACCAGGAAAUCGCACUGGCAAUAAUGGUCAGAUCCAGCUGUGGCAGUUCCUGCUGGAGCUGCUUACAGACAAGGAUGCUCGAGACUGCAUCUCCUGGGUGGGCGAUGAUGGCGAAUUCAAACUGAACCAGCCUGAGCUGGUGGCUCACAAGUGGGGCCAGCGCAAGAACAAGCCCACCAUGAACUACGAGAAGCUCAGUCGUGCUCUCAGAUACUACUAUGAUGGGGACAUGAUCUGCAAGGUGCAAGGCAAGCGCUUUGUCUACAAGUUUGUGUGUGAUCUGAAGACCCUGAUUGGCUACAGUGCGGCAGAGCUGAACCACCUGGUGACGGAGUGUGAGCAGAAGAAGCUGGCCAGGAUGCAGCUGCAUGGGCUGGGCCAGCCCGUCACUACAGUGACGCUUGCCACUACUGCCCUGGACAAGGACAGCUGAGACGGGGUGACAAUUAGCAGGGAGGGAGGGUGGCUGGCCAGCCACACCCCCAUGAACAAUGAGCCGCCUUCUCUCUGCGCACAAAUGCACUUGUCUUUGAUUGGCCGAGACACCCUGUGUACCAUGUCUGGCUCUGGCCCCAUCACACAAAUGUGUGUUGUGCACAGAGAGACAGCUGCAAGCCCUUGAUGAGGGGAGGGAUCUUUUGGGAAGGUGCAGUGUAGUAAGAGGUCAGAAUCGAGUGUGUGUGUGUGUGUGUGUGUGUGUGUGUGUGGUGAUGAAUCCUGUUAUGUGCAGGCAUUCAGAGUAAAUGGGAUUUGAACUUGACUCUGAGUGAGAGGAACCAGUUGUAGCAUUUCCAUUGUAUAUACUCCAUGUUUUUGAUAACCACAAGGGCAGUGUAUCCUCAAUUUAAAUUCUUUGUUUUGAAGCUUUACCCCAGAGUGUGAACCCUUUCCUGUUCACCAGAGAGGGAAUAAAGAGGCAUCUUUUCUUA